CCAAGCUUCAUGCAAUAUAACAUAAUUUGCAUAGUCGAGCUCGCAAUUAUCCGCUGAACAGUCGCCAAAGUUUGUCGUUUACCACUACUCUGCUGUGGUCACGCUCUCAGCAGGCGACAUCUGAAUAUCAUUAACACUUAAUAUAAAUUAACCAAAUGGACAUUUGCGGCAAUUACGCCAGCUCUAGCGCAGUAGUAUUUGAGACCGGUCGACGAUGCCAAUACCUGCGCAACGCAACAGGUCGUCCGCGCGUAGGCUUACAACAUAUCCGUAGUCGCAGCACUUGGCCUGUCUCAUAUAAUUUGGGGUUGAGAGGCCCCGCGGGCGCAGUGGCGGUUGGCCUCAUCGCCAGCAAUCCAUGCAUCGUCCAGUGCGCGGCGUCAUCUGCGCAAGGCGGGGGCAAGCGAGAAGUUAACCCGCUGUCACUUGAAGCUGCCGUAUCCGCAAUGGACGCCGUCUGGUCCUUCGCGACCGAACGGAAGGUGGAUGAGCUACUCCACUUCAUCCCGGACGAAGUUGUGGAGCAAACAGCUAGCCUACGGUCCAGCGACAAGGGCGACACACACAUUACCUUACAAGACGUUAUCACUCACUCUGGCGAGAUUGGGGGCUUCACGCUUGAUAGCUUCGCGGAACGGCUCCUGUACUUCUCUCCGCCGACCCCUGGGUCUGUAACUCGCCUGAGCUGCAUUCGCACGGCACCCGAGCGUGCAGUUUUGCGAUAUUUGGUAGCGGCGGAGGGCGGCGAACGUGCAAUCCUGACGUUUGGGCUUGAGUGCGCGGAGACCCUGAUGCCGCACUACCGAUCGCUUCGUGUGGAGUUCGUGUGGCAGCUCAUAUCUGUGACCGGGGAGCCUGCUGGGGAGCCAGCUGGCUGGGAGGAAGAGGCGGGCAGGCGGGAGGUGGAUGAAGGCGGGGAGUGGUACGCCAAGCAGUCGCACCCUUCCCUGGGGCCUGAAGCCGUUGUGCAGGCGCAGCUGGCGGCCCUUGCGUCGGAGGACGUUGCCACGGUAUUCUCCUUCGCCUCCCCCGCCAAUAAGGCCCUCACGGGGCCCCUGGAGCGCUUCGAGCUGCUGCUCCGAAACCCAGUGUACCGCCCACUGCUACGGCACCGCCACGUCACCUCGGUUCGCCGUACGAUGCUGGCUUCAGAUUCGUACAGCGAGCUCGUGAAGGUGGUUAGCGACAACACGGGCAUGCCGCAGCAGGCUGUGGAGAUGACCUACCUCUGGCACCUCUCCCGUCAGCCGGAGAGCCUGGAGGGUGUUGCCAACUGCUGGAUGACUGAUUCGGUGCGUCUUUUGGAAGCGAGAGUGCACAAGGACUAGGCGGCCCGACUACACAUGAGUAGGGCCAGACUGCAAAAGGACUAGGAGCCAGCAGGCUGCAAGUGAAUUAGGAAGCGAGAGUGCACAAGACCUAGAAGCCAGGCUGCUGCACGACGGCUAGAGGUCAGGCUGCCCAAGCAAUGAGUGGUUGGGAAGAGCGAGGAAGUUGAGAAUAAGGUGGAGAUACAGAUGUGGAAGCGGAGGUGUGAGAAAGGUUCAGCAGAGUGGGGGCUUUGGUUUGUACGAUAAAGGCGGGCAAGUGUACGGUUUGUACUUUUGGUUGCAUGCACGGUAUGAUGGCAAGCAGCAGCUUGGGCGGUGUGUUGUAAUGAGUUGUGGCAAGGUUCGCACUGCGUGUAUAGCAGAGCAAGCUGCUGGAUCCCAGGAAAGCAAAGUUGAGUUGGCUGCGUUAGAGUUAUGGGGGCUGUUGUGCUUGUAUGUCGUGGUGAGUGCCAGAGUGCAAGGAAGAAAUGCGUGCAUUCUCUCGAGUAUUGAUUAUUGGGGUCCGAGUGCUUCAGCAGAGGGUACGGAAUGUACGAUGCGUCCACGGCCGAAGUGCCGUUGUACCAUACAGUUGCAUGUCUUGUUGCAGAGUGUUAAGCAAGAUCGAGAGGAGUGGUGAGAGCGUUAUAUUUACAGUACAAUGGUUAUGCUGCUAUGCGCGGUGGGGGGCAUUUAGCAGCGUGUUUAAUGCUAGGUGUGUUGAAGAGCUUACGGGCGUGUUCCUUCAUUUUCCCUGUCAGGUGUCCACCUGCUAAUACGCAUUUGGCCUUGUGCCGAGUGGCCGUGUUCCCGCGACAAGGGUGAAUUCAUCGUACGGAACAUGCGGUACCC